AUGCCAUUCGAUUUUUUGUGUUGUGUGAGACCUGGAGUGGAAGAUAUAGUUGAAUUGGAUUAUUCACAUCAUUCGCUCACUGAUGUGCCUACGGACGUAUUUGUUUAUGAAAGAACCUUAGAAAGAUUACUCUGCCAGAGUAAUCGUAUUACCGAAUUACCGAGACAACUUUUCAUGUGUCAUGGCCUAAAAUAUUUAGACCUUAGUGACAAUGAGCUACAAGCUAUCCCAACAGCUGUAUCAUCAUUGGUUAAUUUGCAACAUUUAAACAUCAGUAGGAACACUUUAGCAUCCAUACCAGAUAACAUGAAAGCUUUAAAGAAUUUGAUAUUCUUAGAUCUUAGUGUUAACCCAUUAGAAAAACUGCCUGAUACUAUCACAAAUCUUAUAGCUCUUCAAGAUUUGUAUUUAAAUGAUACAUACCUUGAAUAUUUACCAGGAAAUUUUGGACGUUUAGCAAAUCUUCGUAUACUUGAAUUACGAGACAACUAUCUUAUGAUUCUGCCUAAGUCACUCUCACGUUCCACAGAACUUUUAAGAUUAGAUAUUGGACAAAAUGAGUUCCAACAGUUUCCUGAAGUUAUUGGAAGAUUUUUAAAAUUAAAAGAAUUGUGGAUUGACAGUAAUAGUUUCACAAGCAUUCCUGCAGUAAUAAAACCUUUGGAACAUUUAAUACAUUUAGAAGCGAGCAACAAUACGAUAGAAGAGUUAGCCCCAGAAAUUGGAUAUUGUACAAGACUCGAAGACCUUACAUUGUCAAUAAACAGUUUGACUCAACUUCCUGACAGCAUUGGACAAUUAAGUAAUUUGACGGCAUUGAAAUUAGACAACAACAGGCUAUAUUCUUUACCAGAAAGUAUAGGUCAAUUAAAAAACUUAGAAGAACUAAUGUUAAUGUGUAAUUACAUUGAUAUGUUGCCAUCAUCCAUUGGAUUAUUAAGAAAAUUAAAAUAUUUAAAUGUAGAUGAAAAUAUGCUAAGAGCAGUACCACCAGAAUUGGGUAGUUGCACAAAAUUAUCUGUUUUAUCACUUCGUUCAAAUAAAUUGACAAACAUACCACCAGAAAUUGGUCAUUUAACUUAUUUAAAAGUUUUAAAUUUGGUACGAAAUUCUUUAACCUGUCUUCCCCAAUCUUUAUUAAAUUGUGAUAAUUUAGUAGCCCUCUGGCUCUCUGAAAAUCAAAGCAAACCUUUAGUGCCUAUGCAUUCUGAAGUAGAUCCUAAUACUUACGAACAAGUUUUAACUUGUUUUCUCUUUCCCCAAGUGCCUUUAACUCCCAUUGAAGUUAAGUCAGAUAAUGUAAAAGAUGAAAAUAUAGAUGCACAAAGUGCACCACGUCAUAUCAGUUUUGUGGAUAUGAAACCAGUUAUCAAAACAACUGAAAAACCAGGUCAAUUACGUCGAGCACCCACACCUUAUCCAAAAGAACUAAGGGCAAUGGCUAAACAUGCUAGAACAAUUCAUAAGGAUGGUACACAAGAUGUUUCACCACCCAUGCAUAAUGCCCUUCAUAUUAAAGCAGCUAAAAUAACACCAACAUUGCAACAAAGAUUUGCAUCUGACAAUAAAAUAGAAUCUAAUAUUGGAGAUGAUCAUCCAGAUGGAGGUCAACCAGAUCCAAUGAAGGUGUCAACUUACGAUAAUUUGCCUGUAGAAAAUGCAUAUGACAAACCCUUAGAUCUUACUUAUGAACAAGACAAGACAUAUAAAAGUGUUGAUCAUGCUCUCUAUGUUGACAACAAUUCAGAAACAAAUACUUAUAAAGCUGAUAAUUUGGAUUCAUGUGGGCUAGUACCAGCACAUUACACAGUGAAACAGAGUGAAAGAUAUUCACCAAGACAAGAUGUUUUACGAUCUAGUUCUUCAGUGAUAACAAAUAACUUUAGAGGCCGUCCAAUGGAAAAUAAAAACUAUACUACUCCAAGUGAGCAUGGUUUUCGUAAUUGUUCUGAUGGCACUUGUGAACAGUUGCAAAGAUUAAGCAUAAAUACUCAAGAAAGGCAUUGUAAUGAUGAAACUAUAUUGCCAACACAAUUUCAUGAAAGUUCUUAUAGUACAAGGUGUAGAACAGAGAACUUACCUUCAUAUGAACAACCAUAUCCGAGAAAGGAAACGGUUUGUCAUGCCGAAGGAAGCUUUCAUGGAAAUUCAUAUGGCAAUGAAACUUACUCUUGUGGUCCUGAAAAAAUGUAUCCACCGAGAAAAUUUGAUGUUUUUAAUUAUCACCCCCAUGAACGAAGAGACUUACCAAGUCCAAGAGUGCACACAGUAAGCCAAAUGGUUAGUUCUACAACUAUGCCAAAUUUAUGUAAUUAUAAUAAAAUGUACUCUGCUUCUAACAUUGACACUAAUCAUUACACACCACCAAUACAUCAGACAUCAUCCCCAAAUUGCAAUAUGUAUGACAUAUCAGCAUCAAGCCCCACAUAUGUUCCUUCACAAUCUCCAGAGUUGUACUCGCCUACAGGCCACACUAAUGCAACCAAUCCUUAUCGCAUGACAAAUACUCCUCUCAUAUCAGAUGAUGGUAGUUUCACACACAUACAACCUCUCACUACUCAAAAUAUGUAUGAUUUAUAUGAUCCCAUACCAGCUUCAUCUAAUUCUCCAAGUGUAAUAAGUCAUAGGCAUAGCCCAAGUGGUUUAUCUGAGACAGUGUAUGUACGAGGUCAACCUCCACCUUAUCACAUCGCAGCUCCAUACACAAAGCAUGCUCAAUAUUUUAAUGGUACUGGAGGA